AUGCUCGAAUUUCAGGCCGCGUUAGAGAAGGAUCCAGCAGUAGACCUGAUGUCAAUGUUCUCUGACUCCUAUAUCCAUGAACAUCGAAUCGCUCACUACAACCAACUGUCAUACGCCGCGGAGAUCAAUUUCCGGCUAUUGAACGAGCUCCAUGAUGCUCUGACAAACGAACCAGAAGUCAAUCUGCUAUCAGUAUUUCCGAAGAACUAUUCUCGCAGAAUCAACAUGGCAACUGGACCAAAGGUUGUCUUGAAUGGAAAACAGAAAGACCAGCCCAAGGCGCCUGAGUUCAGGACACGCCUGGUUCUUGCGAAAACUGCUACAAUUGUCUAUCCCUUGUCUGAGAAAGUGAUCGCUUUGCUUGAACAGUGCUCAGGACCAGGGAAGUCGUCAAUCAGUGAUGAGAAAACACUUGUCUUGGCCCUGAAGAAGCUGAUUUGGGAUUCACCGACACUCUGGGAAAGUCCUACAUUGAAAGUCGUGACAGGAAACGGGUAUUACACAGAAUACACGAGCAUGCAGUUUCUCAUCAAGCAGGCGCCCGACAUUCCUGCUCCGAGACCUCAUGGAAUACUAGACUUUGGUCCCUUUCGCGUCAUCUUCAUCCUGGUACACGAAGAAAAACUCUCGAUACAACGCCAGUUGGAUGAGAUUUUCUCUCGUUUAAGAGCAAUUCGACCGAAGGACGGUGAUAUGCUUGGUGGGGUCUGUGGAGAGGGGGUCAAAGAGCUUCGUGUUGAUGAUUGGGCCACGUUCAAAGAUAUUACCACAACGAAAGGGUUCAAUGACCUGCAAUUUUCUGCUCGUCAUCAUGGCAGUAAUACUUAUGUCAGGCUUCUCCGCUCUUUCCUAGAACAUGAUCCUUCGCUCUUAGCGAAUGGAUCUGUGUUCACUCAUGGCGAUGUCAGGACUGCCAACAUCAUGGUGAAACAGGAUCCCAGUCGCGGCGUCCAAUAUGUGAUUACUGGGAUCAUUGACUGGGAGGAUAGCGGUUUCUAUCCCUUUUACUACGAGUGUACUGUGUUAACUCGUACUCUCAGCCUGGUCGAUGAGAAUGACUGGUAUUUUUAUCUGCCGCAGAGUAUCUCACCGUUGAAGUUUCCUGUGCAUUGGCUGGUCGAUCGGCUUUGGGGGAUACAUCUAAGGACUACAUAG